AUGCCUGCCCCGCCGAAGCAGAGGAAGAUGGCCAUUGUCGGCAGUAGAGCGGUCGGAAAGUCGAGUAUGACGGUGCAAUUCGUCGACGGCCACUUUGUCGACAGCUACUACCCUACUAUCGAGAACACGUUCAGCAAGAUGAUCAAGUGGAAGAACCAGGACUUUGCUACCGAGAUCAUCGACACAGCUGGCCAGGAUGAGUACAGCAUUCUUAACUCGAAGCAUUUCAUUGGCAUCCAUGGCUACAUGAUUGUCUACUCGGUCGCAAGCAAACAGAGCUUCGAGAUGGCGCGCAUCAUCCGCGACAAGAUCCUCAACCACCUUGCUGUCGAAUGGGUCCCCAUUGUCAUCGUUGGCAACAAAUCCGACUUGCGUCCCGAGCAGCGCCAGGUCACGCCCGAAGACGGCAAAGCACUCGCCCAAGAAUUCAAGUGCGGCUGGACGGAAGCAAGUGCGCGGUACAACGAGAACGUCGAGAAGGCGUUCCAGCUCUUGAUCGAACAGGUGGAGACGAGCCAGAAUCCUGGUGAGCCCACUGGCGGCAAGAGUGGGUGCCAGGUCAUGUAA